UAAAACCCAUUGAUUGAACACCAUUUAAAGCAUCAGCUAUGGUUGAUUGUGCUAAAUCGGAUGGCGUGAUUUCCCAUCUCCGAAACCUUCAACGGUAAUAGAAAUGACUAUUUUUGAAAUAUAAAUCUGUAACAUUUAUAAUGAUUGGUGCGGAUCAUCUCCUGGGUAGUUGUGAAUGACUAAAACGAUUUCUUUGACACUAUGCUACAGUUUCGAUUACAUUGGCAUCAUAAAGCAUCGAACGCUGGCCGGGAUUAUCGGAUGUUAUAUAAAGGAUGUCGGGAUUCUGUCAGAAACAGAAUGUCGGCGUGAGUAGUCGAGGAACACGGUAAAACUAGUACAAUGGAAAAAUUGAAGAACAUUCAGGCUAAUUAGCAAGAGUGUGCGACAUCCCUAAGUCAUAUCCCGGAGAUUGGUCCCGCGGGACGGCUUCCUUUUCAAACUGAAUUAUUCAGCGUUAGUUGUAAAAUCUCUGGAAUUGUAUCUCCAUGUAUUCUACAUUUUAGGAGACUUUACCAUCCAUGUUUAACUGUGCUGGAAUAAGGAAAAGAUGGAUAUCUAUUCAAAAGGAGAUUUGGAUCCAUAUUCGGAAUUAUUACACGUCAACGAAUCAAAUAUUAGUAUCGCCACUGACAUGGCGAUAGAACAGACCAAUGGACUGAUGGUGUUUGGACAUUGGUUCACUAAGAUUCAUGGCUAUGCCAGCUUGUUUACUUGUAUUUUUGGGAUUUUCACCAAUCUCUUUAACAUUUCCAUCCUGACGCGGAAGGAUAUGUGGAAUCCCACUAACUGCCUUCUGACGUGGCUAGCGGUCUCCGACAUCCUGACCAUGAUUCCCUACAUUCCAUUUUCUCUCCAUUUCUACUGUAUUCACAAUUUUGAUGAAAUAUCAGAGGACAAGUUUUCCCGAGGAUGGACAACCUACAUGCUUGUCCUUGUCAAUUUAGCCGCCACUACUCACACGAUUUCAAUAUGGCUGGGUGUUUCUCUGGCCGUUUUCCGGUUUACACAGCUUCGGAACACUGCUAAAGGACCCCUAGCUCGUAAGAGAAGCAUGCGUCAGGUGAAGUGCACUACUAUAUUAGUGUAUAUUUUAUCUACACUUUGUUUAAUUCCAAAUUACAUGACAAAUAAGGUUGUACAACAGACGUUGGAUACCAACAUGACCAUUUAUGUCCUCAAUGAUCUAAAAUUAGCGACCAAUGAGACAGAGCCGAUCGUGCUCGCCAACGUACUGUCAUACGCAAUUAUAGCCAAGUUCAUUCCCUGCGCUCUUAUGAUUGUGUUCGGAGGGUCUUUGUUAUAUAGUCUUGGAAUCAAGGGUAGGCAUCGAAGGACCAGGCUGUCUGCAGGACAACCCCCAGCAAAACGAGGCACCAAGCACUCAAAGACGACCAAAAUGUUACUUGUUGUGAUUAUUCUAUUUUUAGUGACGGAAUUCCCGCAAGGUAUUGUGAUUUUCAUGAGUGCCAUUGUUCCCGAGUUUUACAAGUCCGUCUAUGUGCCUUUAGGAGAUUUCAUGGAUUUCCUUGCCCUAGUGAACAACGCCAUUAAUUUUGUCUUGUACUGUAGCAUGAGUAAUCAAUUCCGGUCUAGAUUUUUGGAGAUGUACUGUAAUAGAAGGCGUGGCUUUAAGUACACCAAAAAGUUCAGUUUUACUUAUUCUUUGUCUUCGUUUACAAAGAAUACCUCUGUGAUCGACCAUUCCCUGAAAAAAUGAACCAUCAGACUUAAAAUGUUGUUAUUGCCAAAGAAAUCAUUGAAAUCAUAAACUCAUCUUCGUUUUACGUUGUUCCGUUUGAUUAAUUCAUUUGUAUACUUAUAUUUAAAGGAAUUGUAGAUGAGUGAUCUCUUUUGAUUUUUUUACUGAUGAAAUGAUGAAAUAAAUAAAAACUAUGUUGAUCGGACUGUAUUAGUCGGGGUCCAUUGUAUCUGGCUCGUACUGUGUCGAUGAAAUGGAACUCGCACUUCAUCAUCGGGUAUCUCGCACAAUGCUUAUGUACAAUGUCAUAUUAUAUGCAACGUCAUGUUCGCGCAGUGCAUUAAGGUGUUAUUGUGUAUGAAUAAUGUUAGCUUACGACAGCCACGUCUCAUCCAGCUGUCUGUUUCUUCAGUAAAUCAGUGAAACUGUAAGCAAGCAGAUAUAUUUCCUGUCUCUCUUUCAGCUCGUAUACGCUACAUGUCCUGGUCAAUGUUGAUUUCCCGCUAUUUACUGGCGAUAUCUCAUAUGUCAUGAAAAAUUAUAUCACGCAUUUAUAAAUUCUCUCACA